CACUUCGUCACCCCAAGGCCGUCUUGCCAAAACUCGUAAAACAUACUUCCGGGCAACAAGUAACUCAAAAUGAAGGCGAUAUCAUCUGAGUCCCCGACGGCCCUCUUCUUUCCUCGAAUUAAGCGAUCGACAGACUCACAUUACUAUUUCAUGAUACAACAAGCACCCUUUAUCUUGGCAGCUCAAUAGCGCUUACCCUCGAAGUGCACGAUGCAGCCCUUUUCUCUCUAUCAAAGUCUUGACAUCUGUUUACGAGGGGAAAUGAUCGGCUACACAACCAUCAGUGCUGCUGCAUAAAAAAUAGAGAUACCGCCCCCACAACCACGAUGUGACUCCCGAACAUCCGAUAAAAGGCGACACCAACCGUUGUAUCGCUGUGAGAUGGGAAUGUUGAUCAACGGCAAGCUGCGGGCUGAAUCACGCAUGCAUAAGGCUAUUAGCUCGGCACCUGUUCACAAAGCACACAUGUGUUAGUGUUUCACUACUUCACCAAACCGAGGGGACAGAGACCCUAGAUUAUUGGCCUGCAACACACUCACAAGAUGCACCAUACUUCCCUAUAUUGGCAUGUGGGUUUAGUGAUCAGAGAUGGUGGCUCAUGCAGCGUGCUCGCUUGUGUUGUUGAAGCCAGUCUAAAACUGGAUGUAUUAAGAGCGAUAGUUCUGGACAUAUUUCUUCAAUAUUGGGAGGAGUUGUCUUUAACCUCAUCUUCUCGCCCAUGCCAAGUCUCAAGGUUAUGCGGGACUACUCGCCUGAUACCUAUUUGACGUUCUUUCACGCUCACAAGCAUGACCAGAACGACUACAACAACAAUGGCGCUCUCAUUCUCGCUUCUACUAUCGAUUUGGCCAUUGCUUGUCGGAGUUUGCGCUAUUUACUGUUUGUCUAUAGCAGUCUACCGACGAUACUUUUCCCCUCUCGCCUCCAUUCCUGGACCCUUUUUCAACGCCAUCUCCUACCUUCCCAUCCUCUACCAACAAGGUAUUCUGGAAGGUCAGCUACUACAUGCCUUGGAAAUAUGGCACGCUCAAUAUGGCCCGAUUAUCCGUAUCUCACCCAACGAGAUUCACCUUUCCUCACCUGAGCACUAUGAAACAAUAUACUCGAACUCCCUGAGGACAGGCUUCUACAAAGAUCCUGCUUUCUACGGACCGAUGGAGGGGCCGAUCAAGACCCCCGUUAUGCUGACCAUGAUCCCGAAUGAGGAACACAGGGUGAGGAGAAUGGGCAUGAAUCCAUUCUUUUCCCGAAGGUCCGUUCUUGGCUUGGAACAGAUUGUCAGAGACAAAACCGAGAAGUUGGUUAAGAUGGCCGAACAAUUUCUGAGUCAGAAGGGUGGCGAGUUUGAUGUGCACAGAGCCACGAGGGCACUCACGGUCGAUAUCAUCACCGAGUAUGCCUAUGCGAAAUCCUGGAAUUAUAUGGAUUUGGCUGACUGGCAAGGAUAUCAGGAGGCUAUUAGAGCUGUUCAGACUUUCUUCCCCUGGUUCCAAACCUUCCCUUCCCUGGUACCGGUCUUUGGGCUGGUUCCGGACUGGGUGAUGGUGAAGCUUUAUCCACAUUUUGGAAAAUGGUUUGACAGUCUAGAGGUUGUUCAGCAAUCUGUCGCGGAGGUCAAGAGGGAUAUCGCGCUUGGUAUCAAACCUCCUCGGAGAACCAUCUUUCAUGAGCUUAUUGAUCCCGAGCUUUCUGAGACGACAAAGGAUCUGCCGUCGCGUCAAAAGCUUCCAGAUGCUGUUGUCUUUGCUGACGCGGUAAAUGUCACCGGAGCGGGUGUCGAGACUACAGGCGCCACCAUUUGCAGGGCGCUGUACGAGGUUCUUGACUCGCCUGAGAUUGCAAGGAAGUUGAGGGAAGAGCUGAAGACGGCUCUACCUGACCCUUUUGUUGUACAGAAUAUGAGUUUGAUUGAACUGGAGAAGGUGCCUUAUUUGACGGGGGUCAUCAAGGAGACUCUAAGACUCAGUCCAGGUGUACCUGGCCACCUACCCCGUGUCGUUCCUUCUUCGGGCGCCACGUUCGACGGGUAUACACUUCCACCCGGCACAGUAGUUAGCAUGAGUGCCUGGUCGAUGCAUCACAACACUGAGAUCUUUCCGGACCCAGACAAGUUCGAUCCCACACGUUGGACCGAUCCAGAUGUGGACGCCGUUCACGCCAGAGAAAAGUGUCUUGUGUCCUUUGGCCGAGGAACGCGCAAUUGUACUGGUCAGAACUUGGCCAUGUGCGAACUUUACUACAGUGUGGCAAGCAUGAUCCGGAGGUGGGAUGACUUAAAGGUGCAUCCUGAUUUUGGAAGGGAGGAUAUGAAACUGGUAGAGUUUUUGUUGUCGUAUCAUCCAAAGAAGGCAAGGAAGUUGAAGCUUGUUAGGGGUUGACCUAAUAUUGAAUAAUGCAAAUUGUAGCCAGGGAGCAUUCUGAUCAUUGAAUUCCUGAUACACCUAGAGAGUAUGGUAGUGCAAAAAUAGGCAGGCGGUGGAGCUUCCGAUAUGAUGUCAAACUUUGUAUCUGCCCUCCA